AUGGAACUCGACCCGAAAGUUGGUAAGCGAUUCCGACGAGAGACUGGCGUCGAAGCCGUGGCUGACAAUUUUCAAGCGCCGUCAAGCACAAGCGACCCGAAUUCCUUUGCGUAUGUGUCGGCGAGGGAGAGGUGGCCAACAAUAUUGGUAGAGCCUGAUCGGAAACCGCACGCACACGGAGACUUACAAUUCUCGCAGACACAAGCCAUUGACGAUGUCCAUCGAGCGACCUCCCAGGAAUCCGGUGAGAAGGCGGAGGAGGGCAAGCAGAUCACCCAAGGCCUUGCUACGCUCAAAUACGAGCUCCAGCAUAAUCGACAGCUGAGGUAUGUCAACAUCCAAGGGCUGUGGUGUUUGAGAUACUGACCAUAGGCAGCCCGCUGUCUGAUGAUGGCGGCUCAGAUAUCCCCGGCUACAACAAAGAACUCGAGCAGCGUGGUCACCCCAAGUGGCAUGAUGUGGCAUGGCUCUACGCAGAGUGCUAUCUCUACAGACGCAUGGCGACUCUCUUCGCAAACUCCAAACACUGGAAGAACUACGAUGUCUUUUCAAAACAGAAGACUUCGACCUUUCGCUCAUCGAGGCCGGCUGUCAUCGAGCUUGCCCACCGAUACAACGACUUGACAAAGCAAUUCCAGUCGAACCAGUCGGCCAUCGCUUCAGCAAGUGCUGAGGAGCGCGAAAAUGCCGAGAAGCUGCUUUUCGUCGAGAUGUGCGAGAUCUGCCUGUGGGGAAAUGCCACCGAUCUGUCACUGCUCACGAACCUGAGCUACGAUGAUAUUCAGAAGUUGCAGGGUGCCAAUGCCCGCAAGGCCAACGAAGACAAGAUCAUCGUGAAUGAUUUCGCAUCAGCGUUUGCUACAUUGAAGAAAGCCAAGGCCUCUGGUGCCAAGGAGCGACGAGUCGACAUCGUACUCGACAACGCUGGAUUUGAGCUAUUUGUCGAUCUCGUGCUGGCCGGCUACCUUCUGCAAGCGGAUUUGGCUACUCAGAUCGUGCUCCAUCCAAAGAACAUUCCUUGGUUUGUCUCAGAUGUGAUUCCGAAAGACUUCGGCGAUCUCCUGAACGUGCUGGUCAAUGCUAAGACUUUCUACGAAUCGCCGUCGGAGGAAGAGCAAGCGCAGGGAGUGAAACCUCAAGCAUUAAAUGAGGCGGAUGCAGAGAGUCUGCAGACGCUCUUCCAGAACUGGAGUCAGCUGUACGCUGAGGGUAAGAUCGUCCUCCGACCCAAUGUCUUCUGGACUGAGGGAGGGAGCUAUUGGCGUCUCCCCAAGACUGCGCCCAAGCUGUACGAGGAUUUGAAGGAGAGCGAACUGGUCAUCUUCAAAGGCGACCUAAACUACCGCAAAUUGACGGGAGACGUGAUGUGGGAUCCUACCACGCCUUUCCCCGAAGCGCUUGGCCCUCUAGGCCCUGGAUCUGGAAUCAACGUACUGGCACUGAGGACGUGCAAAGCCGACGUUGUUGUGGGACUGCCAAAGGGAGAAGACGAGCGACUGCGAGCCGUGGAAGGAGGAGGUGGUAACAGUGGCGCGAGAAAAUGGGCGUGGAGCGGCAAGUGGGCAGUGGUGAGCUUCUGCGGUGGAAAGGGACAGACCCCCUGA